GGACUUGGAGCCUUGCAGUCUUUCUUCCAGACAGCCACAUCCAUCGCUCUCCUCUCCCCUUCUCUUCACCUCCAGCCCUCCUCUCCACUCAUCUGCUGCAACCUCUCACUCAUCUGGAACCCCGAGCAAAAUCAACCUCCUCCUUCAGGUACUUCAUCCUCAGCAUGAACGCCAUAAGAAACAUCCUCUCCCUCUCCGAGGCGCUCUACCACCUGCUCCUCAUGGUGCUGACACUGGGCCGAGGCGUUCGUUCGAUGCCGGUUCCCACUGACAUUCCCAUGUGCACGGCGUCAGAAACCGCCCAAUACAGGCUCACGUUUACCGGCAAGUGGAGCCAAGCUGCUUUCCCCAAACAGUAUCCAGUCUACCGGCCCCCUGCACAGUGGUCAAACCUCAUUGGGGUGACUCACAGCUCUGAUUACCACAUCUGGCAGCGUAAUGAGUUUGCCAGCAAUGGAGUGAGGGAGUUCGCUGAGAAAGGCGAGGCCUGGACCAUCUUGAAGGAAGUCGAGGCGGCCGGCGAACGCAUCCAGAGCGUUUAUGGGAUCCUGUCAGCUCCUGCUGUUGUGGGAGGCUUAGGCCAGAUGAACACUGAGUUCGAGGUCUUCGCCAGGCACUCCUAUUUGUCGUUUGUCGUGCGCCUCGUUCCAAGCCCGGACUGGUUUGUGGGUGUGGACUCUUUUGACCUGUGUGACGGCGACCACUGGAAAGAGAAUAUGUCCCUGGAGCUUUUCCCUUAUGAUGCAGGAACUGACAGCGGGUUCACGUUUUCUUCUCCCAACUUUGAGACCAUCCCACAGGACAAAAUCACACAGAUCACGUCUUCCUUCCCUAGCCACCCUGCCAACUCCUUCUUCUACCCCCGCCUGAAGCACCUGCCUCCCAUCGCCAAGGUAACGCUGACCAAGAUAAAGAAGACCAAUCAGAUCAUCACCUUGCCCGUGGAGCCGACCCAGUCCGACCUAUUGUUGACGGGAAACGAGAUUGAAGACUCGCCAAUAAAUACGCCUCUGGACUGCGAGGUGUCCGUGUGGUCCCCGUGGGGCUUGUGCAAGGGCAAGUGUGGAGACUCAGGCGUGCAGCACCGCACACGCUACGUCCUCAUGCACCCGGCCAACAGUGGAGUGGUCUGCCCCCUGCUGGAGGAGGAGAGGAAGUGCUUCCCCGACAACUGUUUAUGACUAGGCCAGGAGAGGAGGGAGAAGAAGGAGAGGAAGGAGAGGCGAGAGAGGAAGGAGUGCACGGUGAGGAAAGGGAAGAAAGCGAGGAAAGGGAGAAGGCGGAAGAACAACAGCAAAAGGUCCGCGGUGAAAUCGCACGAGGUGUAAAUACGACGAGCCGGACUCCCUGCCCUCCGCUGCAGAAAUAACAGAAUGACUCAUCCUUAAGCCACAUUGGCAGAUCUGUCGGCACUAGAGAGGCGUCGUUAAACUAUUAGAAAGUAACUCAGUUCUGUCAGAUUAUAUAAUUGGUUGAGGGGAACAAAGAUGUUUUAUUUGGAGUCAGUUUGACUGUUGGGAUGAUCACAGACGUGUGUUUGCCUGCAGUGUAUUAUGACUCCAAGCAGCUUUCAACUCUCGGAUUAGGAAGUAAAGCUAUAAGAAUACUAAAGAUAUAAAACCUGACUUUAAGAAAUACUGAUCCAAAUAACUACAUCAUCUAAAAACAGGGAGGCUCGGCUGCUCCGUCUGCAGACGAACAAAAGAGUCUAAGAUAGAAAAUAAAGUUCCUGGUCCAACAAAUGAUGUCACAAUCAAAACAUAAACAGAGACGUUGUGGUUGUUUCCCUGAAGACGAAGAAGAGUAUAUUUAUUAACAGGAUUUUAACCUGUAGUGUACAGUAUAUAUCAUGUCAGGAAGUAAAAAAAACAAAUGUAUAUUCCUUUGUGUUAUGAAGAUAUUAUUUCAGUACGGAAAAUCAACCUUUUGUAAAAAAAAUGCCAAAAAAUGUACAAAAAAUGUCUGCAGUCUUUAUGUGUCAUGAAGUGUAAAUAUAUCUAAGGGAUGUUGUGGCCUCUUGUUUGAUAGAGUCUCUUUUGAAUAAAGAUACGACAUUUCAGUA